AUGUCCACAUGGACGAUUUGCAAUAAUUCAUUGCAGUUCCAUGCGGCUCUUUUCUCACAGCUCAUAUGUGUCUAUAGCCGUACUACAUCGCAACCUUCCGCCCACGGAGGUGUAAAUCAACCACAGCAAUAUCGUAAUCAGCCGCUCUUCCCGCAGCAGAUCCCAUCGCCAUCACUGCAGAAUCAGCGAGUUGCGAACAUCAUCCAGGCAACCGGCCACUCCACGACUUCAUCGGCAUUCACCAAUCGGUUUACUACACAGAACUCGCGCCCAUCGCCGCAACAGUUCUACGCCUCGUCCGCUCCAUCUUCGUCUGUUGCUCUGAACAUUACCAAGCAACGCCAGCACCGCCAGCACCGCCCACCCGUUCCCCUGUUCCCACAAGGUCCCGGCGGCGUGCCACCAGGCAAGAUGAACAUUCAAGGUAAUUUCACUCCGCAACACCACCUUGCUCGCCACAGAGGCUCACACAUGAGAUCAGACCUGGAUUUGGACGACUUCACCGCCUUUGAGGGCGGUGCGUCUACCACGUACUCGUCGCCAGCUCUCCCGACUGUCUUCGAUCUGAGCUCCAGCGUCUCGAGCACGGGGCAAAACCUGGCCACCGUCUCUCCUCAAGAGCUCAUGAUGAACGAGCCCUUCAUGUCAGCACCCAACUCCACUGCUUUCACCGCUUUGACUUCGCCAUCGCUGUAUAACGGCUCCCCCGAUUUCUGCGACAGCUAUGAGACCUCUCCUCACUUUGGAGGAGGAGGUGAUUUCGACUCCAACCCGGACAACUGGUUCCCCCUUUUCCCAACAACCAACACGGAACCAGAAGCCCCCAAGGAGGCGCUUGUUGGGCCUAAGCCUGAAGAGUCCCCAGUAAUUACCGCCGAGGAGCUCGAAGUCAAGUCGCCGGCAUCGGGACAUCGUCGCAAGUCAAGCACUUCUCCACCAACCCGCCACUCGUCCAUCGCCGGUGUCAACUCUCGCCGCCGCGACAAGCCCCUUCCUCCCAUUAUUGUCGACGAUCCCACGGAUACUGUCGCGAUGAAGCGUGCUCGCAACACUCUUGCGGCUCGCAAGUCUCGGGAGCGCAAGGCCGCUCGCUUGGAUGAGCUUGAGGAGAAGAUUGAGAAGCUCUCUGCUGAGCGUGAUCAUUGGAAGCAGCUGGCUUUGCAACUAGGUGCAAAGGAGUAA